AUGUUCAUGCUUUCGCUCAGUCUCAAGUGCUGGAGUUGUUGUGGUAGCAGUAGCACAAGUAGUAGAGCUCACACCACAUAUUCUGCUUCUAUCUUCACAAGAAGUAGAUAUAGCACUUGUUGUUUUGCCAAGAAAUCUUUGAAGAAAUCCAAAAGAGAAGGACCACCGGAGCCAUAUGGUGGUGACCUUUUAGAUGAGAAAUUUGUUCAAAAUGACACUUCCUUUAUACCACCUACUCAGAAUGGUAACCCUAUUCCUUCCAGAAAUGCUGUGCUUCAGGCUUGCAUACUAACUUCUGCUCUUAUAGCUGCCUUUGGGACACUGAUUCGCCAGGUGUCUCAUGUUGCGUCCAUAGAAGGAUUGUCGGUCUUGGAUUGCUCUACAGAAGUAUCAUUUGGUUUUGAAAUGUGGCAUCUUGAGUUGAUUACAGGACUUGUAGUAUUAAUAUCAUCGAGCCGCUAUUUGCUAUUGAAGACUUGGCCAGAUUUUACCGAGUCCAGUGAAGCCGCCAAUACCCAGGUCCUUAGCUCACUCCAACCUUUGGAUUAUAUUGUCGUUGCGUUUUUGCCUGGAAUUAGCGAGGAACUACUUUUUCGUGGUGCAGUUCUGCCACUUUUAGGAAUGAACUGGCAGAGUAUUGGUGUAGCAGCUUUUAUCUUUGGUGUUUUGCACAUUGGCAACGGUCGAAAGUAUUCCUUCGCCAUCUGGGCAACCUUUGUUGGUCUUGCUUAUGGAUACGCUACCGUUUUAUCUUCUAGCCUCGCAGUUCCCAUGGCUUCUCAUGCAGUGAACAACCUGAUAGGAGGGCUUUUAUGGAAGUACACAUCGAAGCAAAAAUGA